GAGAAAUAAGUUAAUAGACAGGAGACUAACUGAAAUAAAUAAAUUUUAGAGCAAUUCGGAACAUUCUGAAAUCGGGCGCCUGAGUAACGAAAUACGCCCACGGAAUACGCCUAUUAUUAUUACGGAAUUACGGAAAAUUCUGGAUUUCCGUAUACACAUAUGACAACAAAAACGGAACGUACGGAACAACCGAUAUCGGUUUCUAAUUAUACAAAGUAUAUAUCAAAAUAUAAAUAUGGUUGGUAAUGUUAAUAUGUAUGAACAUGUUAUGUUAUAUGUGAAAAGGGUUUGUUGGCAGAUAAUUAUAUUUUUCUAUAAUUAUAAAAAGUGGAAUAUCUCAAUUUAAGCUGUUGUGUACCAGCGUAUACUUUAAAUCUGUUCAGCCUACGUAUAACAUUAGCAAAAUAUUUUUGGCUAUUCGUGUGUGUAUAAAAUUAUAUAUUCUCAAAUAAAAACAUCUCACACCUCAUUAUUGCUAAAAGUUAAUGUUAUAAUUAUGGAGGAAUUGUACGCAUGCGUCAGGUUUACUGAUGAGUUGAAAAAAAAUCAGUUUGUAUCUAUCAAGGAGAUUAAAGUUGAUAAAAGUGAUACGCAUCACAUAAGACCUGCAACGGUUGAUGACUUUGAUCCUCAACGCCAGUAUGAUAUAUUGUGGUGCCUUUGUGAUACCAUUGAUUGCACAGACAUAAACAAUAAAAGCUGUGAAUACCACAAAGGAUACAUUGUAUGUCUUGCAGAGACUUUAGCCGAUGCUGAAGAAAAAGGCAAUUCAACUCGUUUUCGCCUUCCAAGAAAAAUUUUUUCACCCUCUGACCCAAAGCUACCUUCAAAUUCUCAAACGAUUCUGCAGAAAAACUGCAGUCAAUCUACUGUCUCUGGUUUGCAUAAUUUUAAUGAGAAGCUUGUAGUAAAACUAGAUAACUUGAAUCACGCUAAAGCUAUUGAGAAAGCAAAAUUGAGAGCUUCUAAAGAGCAAUUAGGCGCAUAUGCAAAGAAUCAAUUUACAGGUGGUCGGAAAAGUUUUCUGAGUUUCAGUCAAAAUGAUCAUGAUAAUGGGCGUAGCAAUGAAGAUGAACAUAAUGUUAAUGGUCCAUAGUAGAUAGGCUAUAGGCAUACCAAAACAUAGGCAUACUAAAACACCCCCUCUCCUCUCAGAGUGUUUUGGUACCCGAUGGAAGAGUAGGGAUCCCCUCUCUCUCGCCAAGAUACUAAAACGCCCUCUCUCCUCUCAGAGUAUUUUAGUACCCGAUGAGAGAGUGGGAGAGUAUCUCCAGUCUACCCCCGUAUGUAUUUUUUUGAAAGCCUAUAGCGUUCUUUCAAUCCCUUCCCUUGCAUGAGCGAUUCAAAGUUUUCUCACCGCCAACAAAUGCUAUUGGCUGCUUGUGGGACCACCCCUAAUUUUAAGUCCCAUUUAGCUUUCCCAGAAAAGCUAGGCAGUUUUCCUUCCAGAGAUCCGCUGUUAGCGAUUGACAAGUGGCGUAGAGACAAUGGUCACAAAAAUGCACUCAGACCGAUAGGCCUGCAGAGAGCCCGAAGAUGAACAUGAGCUGAUAGGACUAGAGUCGAACGACAAACAAUACUUAUAGUGAUUGACGUGUAACCUAGAGGCGUGCACCAAGACCGAUGGGUCUCAUGAUAGUUAUUUUUGGCAGGAGAUCCGUUAUUUUGUUGCGCUACCUGCUGAGAGCGCGGAGAUUAACGCGUCGUACUGACUUUGACGAGUUUCCUAGAGGCCUGCACAAAAUCCCACAAAAAGAUGCAGGGACACCGAUAAGUUUUAGGAAGAUGCCCCUCCUAUUUUCUUUUCGUUUCGCUAGUAGUGGACGAAAAUGCAUGAGUGUCGCAGAUACCUAUAGAGAUAAACGUUGUAAAGGCUUUUAGCGAUUGUCGAAUGACCGAAGAGGGCGUGAAAUACACGCGCGGACGGCUGGGUCUUAUGAUAGUCAUUUUUUUUGGCAGGAGAUCCGUUAUUUUGUUGCGCUACCUGCUGAGAGCGCGGAUUUAACGCGUCGUACUGACUUUGACGAGUUUCCUAGAGGCCUGCACAAAAUCCCACAAAAAGAUGCAGGGACACCAGUAGAUAGGCUAUAGGCAUACUGGCUCAUGCGGAUUCUGGCUCACCCCCUCCUCUCUCAGUGUGAGCCAGAAUCCGAGCAGUGUAUUUUAAAUGGAGGGAUUGUCAAUUCUUCCCCCUCUCGAAGUGAGCCAGAAUCCGAGCUGUGUAUUUUUAGAUAGAGGGAGUGUCGAUCCCUCCUUCCCUCCCCUAGCGACCGAGAAUUCUUCCCCCUCUCAAAGUGAGCCAGUAACCGUAGUAUGUAUAAGUCCCAAUCUUCCCUUCUCCGUGUCCCGAAAAAAAAAAUUUAGUGGUGGGUUCAUGCUCCUCCUCCUUCGCGCAGGUAGAGACGACGACCCGCGCAUAGGUGUUUUCCUCAACUAUACGGAAUGUAUGCGAGAAAUGCUCCUUAUACAAACUUCGCGUUGAUAAUUCUGGGACUGCGAUAAGUUAGUCCCCCGUCUGCGCGGACAGAUUGCAUAGGUACUAUCCCUCACAUUUCCAAUACGAUUCUCACGCAGAUAAGGACGAAGACCCGCGCAUAGGUGUUUUCCUCUACUUUACGGAAUGUAUGCGAGAAAUGCUCCUUAUACAAUCUUCGCGUUGAUAAUUCUGGGAUACGUAUACAAACUAUCCCACGCAGAUGUAUACAGCUUCCAGCGAUAUGUGUUUUUCCUUUCGACUGCGCUAAGUUUCCCAGAGACAUCACUGCUGUUUAAAAAUCAUUUGCAGAGAUAACCGAUUGGGUUUUGUAGGGAACGCACAGAUAUAUGCCUUUCGCACCGAUAUACAUCAAUUUUCUUAGAAGUCCUAAAUAAAUUCAGAGUGAGAUUUUCUCCAAGAUCUUUUCUUGUUAGAAGAGGAUAAUCUCGCAUUCUCACAGUCGAGAUUCCAAAAAAAAGGGAGUGUACUAAAAGGAGGUGGACACUAGUUUUUCAAAAUUGGUGAGGGAAAUUUUUUCACGAAUCGUAAGGCUUUUCACCCUCGAUAGCUGUGAGGAGGUGUGUUUUUCAAAAUUAGUAGAGAAAACUUUUACACCAAUCACAGGACUUUAGAAAAAAAUGCUGUGGAAAGGGAAGCUGCUGUUUUCGCAAUAAAUAGCCCACCGUAGGCUACGGUUAGUCAGUACAAUUUUCGGUUUCAAAAUUUAACCUGCAGUAAAAUGUCAGCCAAGAGGACUACGGGAAGUCGCAGCAGCAGCAGCAGCAGCAGCAGCAGCAGCAGUAGGAAUAGCAUCAGAACGAUGCAACAUAGGAUUCGUUGGCUAAUUGCCAACGCUCCAACAUUACUUAUGAUGUUGGAGCAUGUCUCCUGGGCCAUGGAGGCAAUAAAUACACUGCCAUCGCUGCCACCACUUGCUGCUAUGCAGCAAUUAUAUGAAGGGAUUAGGCCAGGAAGCUCUUCGCCCAACCCUGCCCGACGAACGAGACCCAGCUCUUCACCCAGCACUGCCCGCCGAGAGAGGCCAAGCUCGUCGUCCAGCACUGCCCGCCGAGAGAGGCCAAGCUCUCAGUCCAGUACUGCCCGCCGAGAGGGGCCUUCAGCUGGACCUAGCACAUCAGCGGCUACUAGGCCCAGUCGUCCGGCGGAUAAGAAGACAAGCUCGAAGAGGUCGAGCUCCUCCUCGAGCUCUAGUUCGAGCUCCAGUAGCAGCACCUCAUCUAGUUGCGAGUCAUGCAACUCGGUGAGGAGCAUAAAAAAUUUAAAACCUAUCCCAAAGAAAACAAAAUUGGAUG